CACCUGGAGGCGGACCACGCCGCCAUGGAUAUUAUCAUGCGGACGGUGAUACCGGAUAACGGGGUCUACAUGACGCGCGCUGUCGCUGAUGAGGAGGUGGACAAGAGCAUCGAGACGCUCGUGGCCAUGCUGCGCGUCCCGCGCUGGCUGCGCGUCCUCAUCGCCUGGGGCACCAGCAACAACUUCCGCUACCUUGGGACGCGACUGAAAGCCUGGACGGGCACCACGGUGGAGGCGGUGCAACUGAAGCUCGCCUGGAAUCAGCUGGUCGACCGUACUCUGAAGCAGUGGCGCGCCGCCUCGACCUGCUCGUGCUGCCCGGCUUCAUGUGUCCGGCGCCGCCGCAUGACAUGA